CGUUACAGUCACAGCAUGGAUCCCUUCUCCAACUUUAUUUCGGCAUUUUAGUUUUUGUUUCGUCUUGUCUUGGGGUUAGCAGGCUCUGGUUGGAUUUGGUAACGCAUUAAGACACCAUGUUUACCACCACUGGGUCUCGGGGCCUGUACAAGGCUCCUCUGUCCAAAGGCCUCCUGUUGGUUCUCAAUGGGCUGACUGUGAUGUUGAUCCUGCUGCCACAGUACCAGGAACUGUUUGAAUACAACCUACAGGCUGUCAUAAAACAACAGCAGGUGUGGAGGCUGUUUUUAGGCAGGCUGGUCUGUUUAGAUGUGAAGGACGCCUUCUGUAGCAGCCUGCUCAUCUACAACUUCAGAAUCUUUGAGAGGAGAUUCGGCACCAGGAAGUUUGCUUCCUUCCUGAUGGGCACUUGGUUUCUUUCUGUCCUGAUGGACUUCCUGCUGGCCCGGGCUUUCCAGUUUGUAUUUAAUUAUGAGGUGGAGGACCUGCCUGCAGGACUGCUAGCUCCAGUCUUUUCUCUGUUUGUGCCUUUCUACUUGUUGAUCCCACAGAUGCCUGUCACCCAAGUUCUGGGCCACAUCCACAUCACCAACAAGUCUCUGGUCUACAUAGUUAGCUUGCAGCUGCUGACUUCCAGCCCCUUUAUGUGGCUUCUUGCACUCAGUGGAUUGAUCUCAGGCGGACUGUACCACUCCAAUUUUCUACGCUUGCAGAAGCUCCUCUUUUUACCCAUCUGGGUGUCUCGUAUUGGACGGUAUUGUCUGGAGCCACUCUUUUCCAGCUCUGAACCGAACAAUGAGACUCCCCUGGGGAUGGGUGCCACUCUAGACAUCCAGAGACAACAGAGGAUGGACAUGCUGGACCAACAGUUGCUGCUAGCCCAGUACAACGAGGCCAGGAGGAAUGCUAGACAACAGCAACAGCCUGGGUUGCUACAGUGGACCAGGUUGUUCCCUUCACUAAGACACAGAGGGCAGAACCGACCUCCAAUGCAGCCCCAUCCACAGGUUCAAACACAGCCAUCAACACAACCGCCGCUACUAGACAACUCUCCAGUCGCUGAGGAGCAGGUUGCACGGUUGGUGGAAAUGGGCUUUUCCAGGAUUGAUGCCCUGGAGGCCCUCAGAGCUUCAAACAACGACAUAAACAUGGCAACCAACUUCCUCUUGCAACACUGAGAUGAUGAGCUCAGUGAGAAAAGCAGAGCCAAAGGAGGAUGGAGAGACAGCAAGAGCAAUGGAAGCAGAAGAGCAAAAAGAGAUAAAAGAAGAUGGUGAAAGAUGGAGAAUAAGGACAGAGGACAAACAAUAUUUGUACAGAUAAUCUGAAGGAGCGGUCACUGCUCCCUGAAGCCGUGCAAGGCCGACCUGACCUGAUCUCAAAGCAGAAGCAGGCUUAUUAAUGGAGAAGUGUGAAGCACAAAAUGGAGGACAUUUACGUCAUAGCCUUGAGAUGGGCGUCAUCGUGUGAAACAGGGGUCAGUGCUCAAAGCAGAUCUGUGGGACUUCUUAUUCCAAAAGAUAGAAAAUAAACAGAAUCUAACCAGGUCAGAGUUAUCAUGAAUUUUCAGGAUGAUAAGUUGCAAAAUCAUUUGAAGUCUUACAAUAAUUCAUAGAAAUGUGAAACAGAGUUUUGUCAGGCCCACUGUUUUGUACUGCCUCUCUACUUCCAAAGUGGUGACUGUGUAGCCAACAUGUCAGACCCUGGUGAACUCUGUAGAGAUGCUUAAUUUGACAUGAACAGGAUGGAGAAUUUUUUAAAACCACAGAUCAGAAUACAUGAUAUCUGCAAUUUUUCAGUCUCAUAAUGGAGUAAAAGACUGAUAUUAUGCUCUGGCAGAUCUGGUACCUUACAUUUUUCAUUUAGAGAAAAAGAGUAAAAAGCAGGAAUGCAGCACAUGGUUGACGGUGAACGUUGAGCCAAUGAAGAGCUGCAGUGGUCAUGAUUACUGCUUCAAAAUUUACAUUUAAGGACCCUGAAAAAUACAACCCAUUCCACCACGACUUCUUCACAGUUAUCAUUUCUUUGUGUUUGAUCAGGGAAGUAGCAAGGCUCAACCCUUUCCUACUUUUGAUAACAGCAAAGGCAGAGGCCAAAUUUCUUCAGAGCUGACUGGUUUGGUUCUUUUGGUGCUUUUCCAAAUGUGGUAGCAGCUCAACUCAACUCUCUUCUCCUCAGUUUUGGCACCAGGCACUAGGUCUUCAUGGCAGUAUAGGUAGGGGCUUUUCCAUUAUGUUGAGCGGCUUGGCUCUACUUGGUUUGAUUCGGCAUGGCAGGCCAGUGCGGAAGGGGAUAUGCUUUUCCCCCACAACUAAGCCACCUGUUUGAGGGUGCACCUAGAACUGAUGGCACAGCAUUAUGAGUCACUGAUAUUAAAUAGCUGCGUUUCACCAAGCAUUGUUUUGUUCCACCAGAAGAAGAGGAAGAAGCAAUGUUUGGUUUCUGUUUCAAAGUUUCCUGUUUUUCUUUUGUUGGUAACCUGGCAGGUAUUUCAAAGUUUGGUGCAGCAGUUGCUCCUCAAAUCUGUGAGGCUUCCUUGAAUGAUGACAGACUGCUGUGAGGUCUCCGUGUUGUGCUUGGAGGCGGGGCAGGCGUGCUUGGACCCUGCUCCAGAGCCGGACCAUUGGGCUGCAGCAUAUCUGGUGAGGAAAAGUAAAUCAGCGGCUUGGAUUGCAUCACCACAUAAAGCUGCAAGUCAGAGUGGAAAGCAGAUUAAUAACAACAAUGGAUGACUCUGAGGUGAUAGUGUGCCUGGUUCUCAGCCAGUUUUCUCAAGGCAAGGAAAUGUGUUUGCUCCAAAGACAGUUGUGAGUAGUGAGACAAAAUACUAUGUAAAAGUACAGGAGAGUUCAGAAAUUCAUAGAGCCGCAUGAAGCGGAUGAAGAGAGGGGUUUGAUUCUUGCGUCAGACAUCCCACUCGUAAUGUUGUUGUGAUGUUACUCAGUGGUCAGGGGCGUCUCGAUGUCACAUUUCUGUAUCGUUCAGCUCUCUAGGCAUCUCACCAGAGGUGAUAGCAAAGAAGCCCCCGGUACCAUAUGUAAUCCCUAAAGCCUCCUACAGAUUGUGCGUUUUUAGCAAUCUUAUAUGUUUCUGGCUUGCUACACUUUGAAACAUGAAUCUCAUAGGACAUCAAGUUUGAUGUGUGCAAACAAUGAUCACUCCCACUAAAAGCAGCUGAAUUGCAGACUACGACAUACGCUGGUAUGAAAGAAGUUAACAGCAUCAGUGUGUGCCAUAUUAGUGUGCGGCAUUCAUCUAUUCAGCCAGUACCAUGAUACAUAAUGAAGCAAAGCAACAUCAAAGCCAUUCUAACUGUUAGAAAAAUAUCUGAGAUUAGCAUUUUCCUACUUUUUGGAAUCCCACAAACUUCUGCGUUUUGGUGUCGUCUCCUUUCUAAUGCUUACUCGUUUAUUAGCACCAGUGUCUCAUUUAUCAUUAGUCAUGUCUUGUUAGAUUCCUGUUGGUUGGUUAGUUGAUGUAGCUCGUAGCAGUAGUCACACUGUGAGAUGGUCAUCUUAAAUUUCUGACACUGAAUUUUAUCUCAGGCGAUCGCAAGAAUAUGACAACGGCCGUCUGUCAAACUGUCUCACAGUGCGACGUAGGACCACCGAUUUAGAGCCAUGACCAAAGAUAUCGUCAUGAUUGGUCAUCUUUCGUCUGGGACAGCCAAAAGUCGCGCAGUGCAUACCAGGCUUAAUGGAGAAAAGGGUAGAGUUGAGCCAGUACCAGAUGUGCUUGGGUGUCAGAUCUGCUUAGGGUCCUGCAUCUACUUGUGACAGUGCACAAUGUGAUUGUCAGUAUGAUGAUGUAGCACAUUGUGGCUGCAUGUUGGAGAGUUUAUGAACGUGUUUGUUUGCAGCACUUUGACCGACAUUUAGAUCAAUUCAUCAACAUAACCAGACAUUCAGUGCAUCUGGCACCUACGUUGGUAUCACAUAUGGGACUAGCACCAUUGCAAAUAUAUUAUUGGUGACCAUUAUUGCUAUUUUGCAGGUCACAAGUUUAAAGGGCUACCUCAGGGUCUGUGGGGCAACUCCAGAUAAAGACAUAUUCACACAGGUGUACAGUAGGCCUUCUCGAGGAGACACAACCCUCUACUGCUACAUUAUUUCAUGCUCUCACAUGCAUAUGCACACACUCCUAAAGGUUUAUUUAUUCAGUCUUUUCUCUGCCAGCAGCUGCAGAUGAAUCAUAGCAAGUCUUAAAGAAAGACCGGAGAUAUUUAUUAUGCAAUAUAAUGACAGGAGAAAUAUAUGGACUAUGCACUGCAUAGUAUUAAACUGUGUGUAUAAAUUGUGCAAACAUUUUGUGCAAAAGAAGUCAAACUGCAGCCACUAUGUAUUGAUGUCAAAGACAGAUGCUAGUUUUAUAUUUUGUGCAUAACUAUAUUGAUGAUGUAUGACCACUGAGAUGAGUCCGUCUGUUGUGUGUAUGUGUUUUUUUUUAGAGUGAUUUAAUAGUAUAUGGGUGUAAUAAGGAAGUUGUUGCAUGGACGACUUCCAGUGAACUGUAAUGAAUCAUAUUUGAUCUGUGGAAUAAAUCAACUU